AUGCUCCAAACAGUGAAGACUCUCGGACCUUCUGCAGUAACCACCCCGAUGGCCUCUCCUUUCAGCAGACUGCCGGAGGAAAUGCUUGUGCUCAUACUGGACGAGCUCCAUACCGCCAAAGACACCGAGCGUGAACGUGAUGCGGAAAGUCGACCAAUCAGUACCGACGGAACCGAAUUCGACAGCUUCAAGAAUUUGCGAUCAGCAUGCCGCGAGUACACCUACCUACCACGACUGCUUUCUCGCCUAUUCAGAUGCAUCCGAUUAUUCCCUCUGCCGCAGCACAUGGAGCUGCAAGACAUCACGUGCCCCGAUUUAUCCGUACUUCGACCCUACGUCCGACGAGUCACCUUCAACUCACGGCCAACGCGGGAGAAUGACGAUGUCACUGGUUUAGAGAGCAUGUUUACGAACAUCCUCAGUCGACUGCCAAACGCGGGCGAAGUCUUCAUUGCCGUCGGAAGUGAGCUGCUGUUCCGUACCAUCCUUUCGAGUCUCGGCAGGUCGGGAACCAUGAUCACGGAUCUCGACUUCCACUAUUACAUGGAAGGUCUUUUCGAUUGGACGACCGAUGACCUGCUCGACAACCUCGAUCUAUCCGCCUUGCGCAGUCUCAAAUUUGGCGCGGACGUCUGGCUGAACUAUAGUGAACUCAGCCGUCGAGUAAGCCGUAUUCCAGAUGACACCAACAGAGCUUUGAACCGGCUCCUCAAAUGCUGCUCCAGCACCAUAAAGAGCCUUUCAUUUGGCAAUGGAUUGUUGCUCGGCUGGCCACACCCAAUUGACCCACCACCGAUCUUACCCAGCCUACAGUCUCUCAAUAUGAUCCGGAAUGCCAAAUCGCUGCAGAUGGAAUACUUUGCAACUUACUUACGCUCGUCUUGUCCGGCCCUCACACUGCUCGUGCUCGACGCCGGGGUGAAUGAUAGAGAGGAAUAUCGUUACGUCUGGGACGCUGUCCGAGACCAUACAAGCCGCAUGACAGUUCGUUGCAUGAGGCAUCCACAGGAUAAGAAUGGUGGAGACGACUGGCACACGGUCUUCAGUCAUUUCACUGGGGAUGUGAGCAGACAGGGUGAGAUCGUAGGUGAUCCAUAUGGCGAUGCGCUCGUCGGUUUGAAAGAAUAUCUCUCUGGGGUUCGCGAGUGGAAUGAGAGGGUAGAGGGAUGGUUGCACGCACUUUGA